CUGCGCAAUGCUCGAUUCUCGUUUUCAUUAUCAACAACGUUAUUAUUAUAUAUUUGUAUUUACUAUUUUGUUUUGAACAUCGAUCGGUAGAAUUGUUGAACCGCUACAACGUCUAGCAGUAGCCACUUUGGAGUCGUCUGUCGGAAGCGUCAGACUUCUGUUCGCGGUGAUCGUCGAGGUGUUCAUCUUUCAAUUUUAUUGCUCUGUGCCGCCACCCGCAUCCUGCGUUCCUGUCAACUGCCGCCGAAACUGCUUUGCACAGUGACCUGUAGAGCGUCUUCUGCCGUCCGGACAAGCGGCGGCGUUGUUUUGCUUCUCGCCACUUCCAUUCUCCAACGUCGAGUCAAUUUCAACCGGUGUUUGGUGGUGAUCAGGUGGUGAUCCUCUCUCCGCUUCUGCUUCGGAAAAUAAGUUGUCUGAUAAGAGAUAAAAUUAUGGGUAGUCCACAAAGAACAUGGGAACAUAGUGCAGACAUUAUGGAAAUAGAGAACUUAUAUAGAACUUUUUUUGCAAGGGAUAAUAUAGAUUUUUUAAAUGAUGUGCCAGAUAUAUUGGCUGCAAGUCUAAGAAUUACUUCACGAAUGUUUCCUUUACAAGAACCAUUAGAACCAGUACCGCCAGCGAUUCCAAUUAUUCCAAAUCCAAUGGAAGAAAUAGAUGCACAAGAACCAGUAAAUGAUGCAGUUGAAGAAUAUGAAGUUGUUGAAGAUGGUGAAGGUGGUGGAGAUAGUGAAGAUGGUGGAGAUGGUGAAGAUGGUGAAGGUGGUGGAGAUAGUGAAGAUGGUGAAGAUGGUGAAGAUGGUGGAGAUGGUGAAGAUGGUGGAGAUGGUGAAGAUGGUGGAGAUGGUGAAGUUGGUGAAGUUGGCGAAGAUGGCGAAGAUGGCGAAGAUGGUGAAGAAGAUGGAGGUGAAGCUAGUGACCAAGAUUCAAUUGGUAUGGAAAAUCAAGCAAAUCGGCCACGACGAUCUUCAGAAGAAGAUGCGACAGGAUAUCCUGCAUACCUUCCAGCAGGAUCUCCAGUAGGAUUUCCUAUAGAAUCUCCAAUGGAUUCUCUGGCAACAUCUCCAGAAUCAUCUCUUGAAUCUUCUCCAGUGGGAUCUCGUGCUACAUCUCCAAUAAGAUGUGCACCCACAACUUCAGCAUCAUCUUUAAAACGUACUUUUGAAAAUCUUGAAUGCGACAAUUCAAAGACAGAAGAUGAAGCUUUUUCUUGCUCAAUAUGUUUAGAUACUUUGACUAAUACUGGUAUGCAUAAACCGGCUUGUUUGAAAUGUGGUCAUAUUUUUGGAGAGAGUUGCUUACAGAGAUGGAUUAAGAUUGGAUGUAAGGAAGCAAAAAGAUGUCCAACAUGUAACAGAAGAGCAAAUGUAAAAGAUAUUAGAGUUUUAUAUACAAAAAAUCUAGUAGCUGUGGAUACAGCUGAAGUAACUGCACUUGAACUUAAAGUGGAAAAAGAAAAUCGAGAGAAAAAUUUAUUGCAUUUGGAAGCAGAAAAGUGGAAAGUCAAAGCUACAUAUUUAGAUAGCGAAGUGAAAAGAUUAAAAACCAUGGUGGAUAUAGAUCUAUUAAAUAAACAGGCAGCUGGUCCUACUUCCCUACGGCAAUGUAUAAAAAAAAUUAGUAUGUGCAAGAAAGUGGGCUGUAGGGUUAUGGCAUACAAUAAACAUACUAUGAUGUUGGUGGUGUCACAGCUUUCCGAAUCAUCAUUAUUCAAUAAUUCGCAUGUGAUCAGAAAAUUGAACGGAUCAAUACUGGAAGCUUCUAAAGAAUUUAUUUUUGCUCACAAAAAGCAAAUUCGUGAUAUGGCGUUCCAUCCUCUUGAACAUAAUCUUUUGGCUUCUGUCAGUUUGGAUAAAUGCAUCAAUCUAACAGAUGUAAAUUGCAACCAGACUGUUUCUACUAUAGAUGUAGGUGAACCGUUGUGGUCAUGUUGUUGGGCUGGUGACAAUACCAACAUAUUGGUUGCUGGUGGUCAAAUGGGAUCCUUAUACUAUAUCGACCGCAGAUAUAUGAAAUUGUUCAAUGCUGAUCAGUCUCGAAAACUUGGUUGUGUUUCUCUCAUCCCAAUCUCACCAUCAAAAUCUCGGGCGUUCAUUCAUGGUGGGUUCAUGAAGACCAGAAUGGACUUUUUGUCUAUGUUUGAACAAGAUUUGGGAAAAGAAAUGCAUUGCUAUAAAGAGACUGAAUUGCCAUUGAGAGGGCUUUGGACUAAUACUUCUUAUGACUACAAUUCUAAUCUCAUUCUGUCAUCUGCCAAACCUUCUGUUUCCAACAAGUCUAUCAGACAUAUUGUGUCUAAAAUAGCAGAUUAUGGUGCAGAAGGACCUGUAAUAACUCCAGUGGUCACUUUUUAUGGUGGAGAUAAGGCUACACAAUUGUCCCGCUCAUGUUUGGUGCCAACCACCGGUGCAUCUUACGAAGACACUUUGGCAUGUAGUUUUGAUGAAAAGUCAAGAUCCAUCAAAAUAUUCAAUGUCAACCAGGGCACCAAUGUCCACAAUUUCCAUGUUCAAGAUGAAGUCUUUUUGGAUUUAUGUCCUUUAACCGGUAUGGUGAAUAGCGGUAGACGAAUAUUGGCUGGUUUGUCAGAUAAUGCUGUUAGUUUAUUUACUGUUUAGGAAAACAAAAACCAAAGAUCAAAUAUUCUGUUUUUGUUUGUGUGUGCAUUUAUUACUUAUAAAUUUAAAUUAAACAUUUUUCCAUGAACAAAAUAAUUGUAGUGCAUUUUAUGCAUAUACAUUUGAUUAAACUUUGUGCUAUCCUAUAUUGAUUUAUUUUAAACUUAGUUAUUUAGUAAGUCUGAUGUCUAUUGACAUACAAUAUUAUAUGUUUGCUUUUAUAAAUAUUUUAUUGUUAUGAUUUAUUUGCAGUUUAAUUUUAAUUAUAUAAUUUACAUUAAAUAUUCAAAGCUAAUUUACAUGCAUAGUCUUAUGAAUUUAUGGUUGACAAAAAAUAAAAUAGAAAUGUAACGUAAUAUAAAAAUAUUAUCAAAUCAUGAUAAUAAUAUCACUAGACUACUAGAGUAUGGAUUUUACAGCACUAAAAAGCUAUAGAAAUAAACCUCUACAAACCCGUCAAUAAUAUAUUAUUUUAUUUAUUAUUCACUCAUUUAUAAAUUGCCAAAAAACAAUGUAUGAUAAUAAUUGGGAUUUUUAUUCACACAAAGCUGCUUGAUUUCAAUUUUAAUAAAAAAUUUAAAAAUAAAUAAAUUAGUAUGUAAAUUAACUUAAAGCUGUAUGAAGAGAGUAACAAAAAAAUUCAUUAUCUAAAAACACUAAAUAAAAUUGUUAACAUUUGUUCCAUGUUACAUGAAUCACAUUUAAAACUCACUAAACUUUGUUUUGAAACAGUAAAAAAAAGUAAACACAUCAAAAUCCAUACUCUAAACUUAAAUAUUUGUGUGUAAUAUUAUACUUAUAUCAAUUUUUAAGAUUGAAUAAUUUUUAAGAUUUCAUAAUGUUGUUACGGGACCACAAAUUCAUAGAAGUUAUACGUCUAUGCCAUAUACCUAUAUACUAAUGGAUAGUGCAUGGAGAGACAAAUCACCAGACGUGAUUGUUGAUAGAGGAAGAGAGGUUUUGGGCUGAUACAGUGUGCCAAAACAUGUUUUCUCUCACAUGUUAUGUUCUCUCUCUCAGUUAUGUCGUCUGAAUUAACCAAGAGCAGAGCUGUGUGGAAAGCACUGUCCAUUAGUUUAUAGGUCUAUGGUAUUUACUAACAUGAUUAAUGAAUGGCAUCCCAGGGUUAUUUCCAAAAGAGCAACAACUGUAAAAUAAUUUGAAAUCAAUUUAUUAUAAUAAUAUACUUAUAUUAUAUCAUA